AUGCCUGCGCCAGAUCCUGAAAAGGAGAAGGUGAAUACACGCGCCAAGGACAUCUUUGCUGAUCCACCAGCCAAAGAGGAUUUGUCCUUGGUGAUUUUUCUUGACAUAGAUGGUGUUCUUCGAAAGUUGGAGAGCAUCCCUACCAUCACAGUGAAUGGAGGCACCUUACCUCUUGACCUGGGCAAUCGUGCGCUUUUGCCGGAAGCCCUGCGGGCGCUGAAGUACUUGGUGCACAUCACUGGUGCUGGCAUCAUAAUAUCAUCAGAGUGGCGGAGGAGUUCAUCUUUGCUGGAAGAGGCACAAACUGCACUCCGAGCACUAGGAAUGCGCGUUCGAGGGGUCACUCCAGUCCUGCGGCCAAGGGAG